UAUAGCGACACACAGUCCUCGGGAUCAAACCACUGAGUGUGAGGAGAAGAUAGUCACGGUCGAGAAAGAAAUAUCUUGCCCCAUGCCAGCUUUGCGGAAUUUCAGUCAGUUUUACGAAGCUGUGACGACUGUCGAGAUGGGAUGCGACAAACCGAAAAUGUUCGGAAAAUCCUCAUCUCGCAGGAAUAUUUGUCUUGACGAGAAAUUCAAGAUCAGUAAGAACAACUGCCUCGCCUUCUCCUUCGGGAUCAACUACGACUUCUCCUUCGAGGAUAGUUUAGGGAGAUUCGGGUGCAAGGUACGACGAUUCUGCUGUUAA